ACCAUGGAAGAAAAUCUGUAGAAGUUCUAGAUGAAAGUGACAAGAAGGGGUGCCAAUAUCACAUAAAAGAGGUAAAAAUAGCAAGAACUUUAUCAUGUACUCACUCCCACACCACACUUCACAACCACCAUCAAUGGAAGACCAAAACCAGUGUACGGCAAAUGAUCAACAGAUGCAAAACCUUAAUCUCCCCAAAGUCCUUCUUCAUGGUCCCCCAGGUUUUUCCUCUGUUCUCCAACCACCCUAUUCUCAAAACUUCCAUCUUUUAAACCACUCUUCGCUUCCACUUCACCAGUUUGCGGCCACCCACUCUCAACACUGCGCCACCGUGGCCGCCGUCCUCUGUGACGGGGGCUACCCCCUCACCGCCGACAUGCUUAGUCUCUUUCCUUCCCUCCGCCUCGUUAUCACUACCAGUGCCGGCACUGAUCACGUCGACCUGGACGAGUGCCGCCGCCGCGGAAUUCAGGUUGCCGGUGCCGGAAAUUUGUUUUCCGAGGACGUCGCCGAUUUAGCGGUGGCUUUGUUGAUCGACGUGGUGAUGAAGAUUUCCGCAGCGGAUCGGAGUCUGAGAAAACGACAAGUUUAUUCACGAGCUAUUACGCUUGCUUCCAAGGUUCGUGACUUUGUAUAAUUGGUAGAAAGUUCCUCACCAAGAUAGUUUAAAUUUGGCUUAAUAUCGUAUGCUUCCUUAUUUGGGAGGUUAUGUUCAAUAUAGUCUUAUCUUCUUUUAGUAACAAUUGAUUCCACUUUUUAGAAAAACUGUUCAAUUGACUUUUUUUUUUGUUACAA